GAUUCGUUGUGGCUGUGGCCUUACAAAAUUUAUCAAUUUCAUUAUUUCUAACAAUUGUUUAGUAAAAAUUGAGUCAUUUUUUAUUAUUUUAACAAAUUUUACAAAAAAAAAAAAAAAUGCCUUGUGUUGAAGAAAAUCCCAAAGAAGUAGAUGUUGCUUUGCAAAUCUUAGAUAUUGUUACACCACGUAUCAAUGUAUCGGCUGACACAGAUUCUGAGGUGGUACGAGAAACCUCGCAAACGGAUCAUUUAAACAAACGCUUGUUGCAAACUUUUCUACAACGCCUUAAUGUUAUGUCCGUCGUACCCACUGACAAUAACGAACCAGAGGAGGAUAAUUCCCAAGAAUUUGAAGACUAA